GGCAUGAAAGCGCGAAAUUGAAAUAUUUUCGAGACCGCGCGUACAGAGUCAUAGAGCGCGACGCGACGCGGCGCGAAAUGAAGAAUUGUUCAGAGUAUCUGAUAAAUAAAAAUGUUUCCCAGUACCGUGUUUAUCGUUUGUACGCGGUUACGUGGCCGGCAGAAAACAGGAACGGAAUUCUUUUGGGCCGAGAAUAGCAUGAGGGAGGCGGAGAUCGCGUUUCGUUGGUAGUCACCGCAGCGAGUAGAGCAAUCAGCCAGUAAACGAGCCGGGAUAAAAUCGGGACGACGGCCAACAAGACGACAAAGCAAUUAUAGAAUUGGAUUGGAUUGAGAAGUUCGAGGAGGCCCGCGACGCCGCGCCGCGCCGCGCCGAUUUCGUUUUAUUUUAGCUUAGCUUUCGAAGGCAUCCGGUUGUCCAUUCUCAUCGCGGAUCACCGCAACGAUUACACGUACGGCAUGAGAGUCACAUCGUUUGGUUCUCGAUUUUCGCGCACCGACGAACGAAAAUUAAACGAUUGAAGUUCGAAGAGCCGACGAGAUAACUGAUUAAAGAAAAAGCGAACAACACCCAUCGUCAUCAUGGAGGCGAUUAAAAAGAAGAUUGCGGCGUUGAAGCAGGAGAUGGACGCCGCGAAUGAAAAAGUGGAUGCGAAUGAGACAAAAGCGAAGCAGGAGAAUAUGCGUGCUGAUAAAAUAUACGACGAGGUCAGGGAUCUGGAAAAGAGGCUCGCUCAACUUGAACGAGAUUACGUAGUCGCCAAGGCGAAUUUGGAACAGUCUACUGCAGAUUUAGAGCAGUGCGAGAAAUCUUGGUCCAGGGCAGAACAAGAUCGGACGUCAUUGACGAAAAGGGUGCAGGAAAUAGAGGCGUCUCUUACUAAGAAGGAAGAACUACGUCUUUCCGCUCAAAUAAAACUUGGACGCGCGUCAGAAUUGGCGGAUGACGCGCAAAGAAUGUGCAAAGUGUUGGAAGAGAGGAGUCGUCUGGACGAAGAGCGUAUGGAGAAGUUGAUGCAAGAAUUGAAGGACGCUAGAUUAAUCGCGGAAGAUGCCGAUGCGAAAUCUGACGAAAUAUCGAGAAAGCUGGCGUUUGUGGAAGAAGAAUUGGAAGGAGCCGAGGAGAGAGUGAAGACCAGCGAGGCAAAAAUUAUAGAACGAGAGGACGAGCUCUUCAUCGUGAAAAACAUCGUGAAAUCCUUGGAAGUAUCCGAGGAAAAGGCUAAUCGGCGGGUAGAAGAUUUCAAACUGCAGUUAAAGGAACUGAAGAAACAAUUACGUGCUGUCGAAAAGCGUGCCAUCCUCGCUGAAAGAACAGUGAAAAAGUUAUUGAAGGACGUCGAUAUGAAGGAAGACGAAUUGAGAGAAGAAAAAGAAAAGUACAAGGCGGUCUGCGACGACAUGGAUGCCACGUUCGCGGAAAUGACAGGAUACUAAAUCGAAAGGAUGGAGUUUCAUUUAUUUUGUUAUUCUAAGCUUUUUCCGCUUAUUCGCUACAUUUAAUGGACAUUAGUUGGCCAUGAUCAGCUACGCUGAUUUCAUUCGUUAUAGUGUACUGUGAAAGGGUUUUAACAGCGCUUGCUAUACGAAAUUACGCAAUUAACAUGUCGAUUAGAAAGUGUACAUUGCUAGUAUUUCUUUGUUAAUGUAACCGCUUUGCUUCAAGCUUAACCACCUCGUCAAUGCAUCGAGGUGUACCUAAUUGCUUCGGAAGAAGAGAAUACUUGCUAUUCGUUGGAGUUGACGACAUUACCUAUUUUUCUUUCAGAGACAAUGAAGAGGAUUUGCUAGUCGCAAGAGCGACCACAAUAUCACGCCCUCUUUUUAUCACUGUAUGCCAAAUCUGUAUUUUCAA